AUGUCCUUCACACCCAUCCCAGACGCCAUCGAGGCGUUCAAAAAGGGGGAGUUUCUCGUGGUCAUGGACGACGAAACCCGAGAAAACGAGGGUGAUCUCAUCAUCGCUGCCGAACUCACCACCCAGGAGAAAAUGGCCUUUUUGGUCAGGUACUCCUCGGGCUAUGUUUGUGCUCCGUUGUCCACGGAAAGAGCCGACAAACUCGAUCUCCAGCCCAUGCUCAAGGACAGAACCGACCGCCACGGCACCGCUUACACCGUCACAUGCGAUUAUGCCCAUGGAACCACUACGGGCAUCUCAGCCCACGACAGAGCCUUGACCGCCAGAUCCUUGGCCAACGCGGAGUCAAAGCCAGACGACUUCAUCAGACCAGGCCACGUGUUGCCUUUACGAGCCGUGCCAGGGCUCCUUAAUAAGAGAAGAGGCCACACGGAAGCGUCAGUGCAUCUCUGUGAAUUGGCAGGUUUGCAGCCGGCAGCUGUGAUCUGUGAGCUUGUCAGAGACGAGGACGGGCUCAUGAUGCGCUUGGACGACUGUUUGGCGUUUUCGAAGAAACAUGGCAUCAAGAUCAUCACCAUCGAGCAGCUUGUCAACCAUAUCAACGCACAAUAG